UAGAAUAGGAAUGGUGGCCUGAAGACUUGCGAGCUAAGCCCGAAAAAGUAGAAAAGCAUGUCGGCAUCUCCAAAAUCGAUCGGAACAUACUACAAAGACAACUUCUCAGUGAUCUUUCUCUUAAAAAGUCCAAGAGAUUUCUUGGGUGUUCUUUAUUAUCUUUUCUUUUUGUCAAUUCUUGUAAGCUAUGGCUGGGAAAGGCCAGGGUCCGGCGAUUGGGAUCGAUUUGGGAACAUGCUACUCCUGCGUGGCAGUUUGGAAACAUAAUCGGGUGGAGAUCAUACCCAAUGAUCUUUGGAAACGGAAAACACCAUCUUUUGUUGCUUUCAAAGAGACUCACCGUUUGAUCGGCCAGGCGGCGAUGGACCAGGUAGCCAUGAAUCCUACCAACACUGUUUUUGACUGUAAACGUUUGAUUGGAAGGCGAUACAAUGAUGCCUCAGUGCAAAGUGACAUGCAAUUCUGGCCAUUCAAGGUGAUUGCUGACCCUGAUAAUGGGAGACCCAUUAUUGUCGUUACCUACAAGAACAAGGAAAAGCAGUUUCUGGCUGAAGAAAUCUCUUCAAUGAUUCUCAUAAAGAUGAAAGAGAUUGCAGAGGCUUAUUGUGGUUCAAAGAUCAAGAAUGCUGUUAUCUCUGUUCCUGCUUGUUUCAAUAACUCGCAACGUCAAGCCACAAUGGAUGCUGGUGUCAUUGCGGGCCUAAAUGUGAUGCGCAUUAUCAAUGAGCCAAGUGCUGCUGCUUUUGCAUAUGGGCUUGACAAGGAGUAUGGUACUGGUGAGAAGAAUGUGCUCAUCUUUGAUCUUGGUGGCGGAACGUUCGAUGUCUCACUUCUCACCAUUGAAGACGGUAUAUUUGAAGUGAAAGCUACAGCUGGUGAUACACACUUGGGAGGUGAAGAUUUUGAUAACAGGAUGGUGAACCAUUUCGUUAAGGAAUUCAAGAGGAAGCACGAGAAGGAUAUCAGUGGAAACCCCAGGGCUCUGAGGAGGUUGAGGACUGCUUGCGAGAGGGCUAAAAGAACUCUCUCAUCUACUGCUCAAACCACCAUUGAAAUUGAUUCUCUGUAUGAGGGUAUUGAUUUCUACUUGACAAUUACCCGAGCAAGAUUCGAGGAGCUUAACAUGGACUUAUUCAGAAAGUGUAUGGAGCCUGUGGAGAAGUGUUUGAGGGAUGCUAAGAUGGACAAGAGCAGCGUCGAUGAAGUGGUUCUUGUUGGUGGGUCUACUAGGAUCCCCAAGGUCCAGCAAUUGUUGCAGGACUUCUUCAAUGGAAAGGAGCUUUGCAAGAGCAUUAACCCUGAUGAGGCGGUUGCCUAUGGUGCUGCUGUUCAGGCUGCAAUCAUUAGCUGUGAGGAUAAUGAGAAGGUGCAGCACUUGUUGUUGCUGGAUGUCACUCCUCUUUCGCUUGGUUUGGAGACUGCCGGAGGUGUCAUGACUGUUUUGAUUCCAAGGAGCACCACCAUUCCCACUAAGAAGGAGCAGGUGUUCUCCACCUACUCCGAUAACCAGCCUAGCGUGCUGAUCCAGGUGUACGAGGGUGAACGGACCAGAACCCGUGAUAACAACCUUCUCGGCAAGUUCGAGCUCUCUGGCAUUCCUCCUGCACCUGUGGGAGUUCCUCAAAUCCAUGUGUGGUUUGGCAUUGAGGCCAACGGUAUUUUGAAUGUCUCUGCUGUGGAUAAAACCACUGGAAAUGAGAACAAAAUUACAAUCACCAAUACGGGCAAUACGGGCAGGCUUUCUGAGGAAGAGAUCGAGAAGUUUGUGCAGGAGGCUAAGAAGUACAUGGCUGAGGACGAGGAGUAUAACAUGAAGGGCGAGAAAAAGAAUAAACUGGAGAACUACGCUUACAACAUGAGGAACUCAUUUAAAGAUGUGAAGUUUUCAGCCAAGCUCCCAUCUGCUAACAGGAAGAAGAUUGAAGAUGCAAUUGAGCAGGCUAUUAAUUGGCUCGAACUGAACCAACUUGCUACGGCAAAUGACUUUGAAUUCCACAUGAGCGAGCUGGAGAGCAUCUGCAAACCGUUCAUUAUGAACCAGGUAGAGGAGACUGAUCAGCAGCACGUGGCAAUCCCCGAGGAUAGGGAGCAUGAGAAGAAGGUUGAGGCAAAGAAAGUACUGGAAAAUUGUGCUUACUACAUGAGGCACAGAAUGAGGGUGGUGAAGAAUGCUCUGGCAAAGACUGAAGAUGCAAUUGAGCAGACUAUCCAGUGGCUUGAAAUGAGCCAGCUUGUAGAGGCACAUGAGUUUGAGAGUAGGACGAAGGAGCUGGAGGGUAUUUGUUACCCUUUAAUUGCCAAGUUUUACCAAGGAGCUAGUAGUGAUAAGAGUUGAUAGAUUUACAGAUGGCCUAUAAAAGUCUCCAUCUGUAAAUUUGUUUCUAACUUACUAAGAAUGUUGCUGUAAUCUAGUUUUGGUUUGUGGGUAUUAUAGGGUAAAGAUUUGCAUAUAAUUCUAUUGCAAACGUAGCAAUGUGUGAGAAUAUAAUUCUUGAGUAAAUAUGUUUUCCCUCUUGUCAAUCUGUCGAGGGUUGUAGUUUCAUUUAUAGAACACAACAGAUAGAAUUUUUUUUUUUCUUUAUUUUUCUAGAGUUUUGCUUAGAAUCUUGACUAAUAUUAUUUAGCGUAUGAGGGUAUGACUUGCAGAAACUGGAAGUUGAUCUUUUGUGAUGUCCAAGAUUGGAUACGAGCGUUCAAUGUAAGUAAUCACCCAU